GUUACAUGUAAAUAAUUUUGUGAAGUUUUUUUUUUGAAGAAUUAUGAGGGGUACUGUGAUGUGGGGUUUAUUUUAACAGCAAAAUGUAUUCCUCGCAAUUGAUUGAAAAGUUAAAGUUUGGCGAAAAGUAUAUCCUUGCCAACAUAGUAGUUGUUCCGAUUUCGAAAACUACCGAAGAUGAAAGUUCCCAUGAGUUUCCAGCGCGCAAUAAAUACCUGACGCGCGAUAUAUGGCAGUCCUUCGUCUACUGCAAGCUGUAUGAUUUGUUUCGCAAGCACCUAUCGGUGACCGGCCUGAACAGUGAGAAGGAUAGUCCAUUUCAGAUGAAUCAAGAGUAUCGCGUAUACUGUCCCGAGCGACCUUAUCUACAGAUGAAGUAUGAGUUUCGGGACAAAUAUUUUCGCAACAGUUUAAACAUACUAUUUAAAGAAAAACAAGCCAUACUGCAUGAAAAUUGCAUCUACGUGGAAAUAAGCGAUCAAGGACGUAUACUAUUCGACAAGGUGGAUGAUCGCGAAAGAACCGUAUUGCGCUUGCUAAAGGAAAUCGACGAACUAAAGGCGGCAAAUGCAGAUGAGAAUAAACUUGCUUCAUGCCUAUCUUCCGGCGGCAACAGCACUGGCAGGCGAAAUAAGUUCGAGUUUGAGGAAUAUUGCCCUGAACCGGUGAACAAGCAGGACAAAAAAAGCUCGGUCGAAGAAUAUGUCCCUCUGACGCGGAACGGGUUCUCACCCGGCACCAAGCGUGCCUAUAAACCGUCAAAGAUCACAGACUCGGGUAAAUCAGCCAGCCCUCCGGAGCCAGACCCUUACACGCCUGGCGCAUUGGACAAACCGCUGGCGGCAGCCUACGUGCCCACGUCUAGUCCGUUGAAUAAAAUUGCGAACGGAAGCCCGGUCAAGGGGGGAAAAGUGGGACGUAAUCUUUUCGGAUCCGACGAUGAUGAGUACGUACCUGCCGAUGGCAAAGCCGGAAAUGUUCAGCCGAAAUACGACAGUGAAAAAGACAUGUUUGCCGACACCGAACCGGAUUCUCCGCACCGAUCAGAUCAACCAAUCGAAGGGGAAUCUUCAGAAAACGAUGCGGUCCGUUCAUCGAUUGCCAAACGGGAAAUGCUGCCUCGGAGCAGUAAACUUAACUCGCGACCGUUACUACCGGAUAGUCCGGAAGAGAAGCGAAAACUAAAGUUCACCAAGAAAGUUGUUGCGUCCAGGGCGGACGAGAAUUUGAACAAACAACACUUAAGACUGAAAAACGGAAUCCGUAAAAAGCCUGACCAGCGGAAGGAAAGCUCACUGCGUGGGCAAGGGAAGCUGGAAAAGUUGUCCAAUAUAGCGAAGCAGUUGUCCAAGGUGGAAUUGCUCGACUGCACUAGCUUAACAAAGGAGGAAAUCCUCGACACGUUCGGGCGGUAUCGGAAGGAACUUCUUGAAAUAUUUGUCCGCUACAAAGACCGCACAGAGCGUCAAUGGAAAAACUCCGGUGAACUUUGCUACUUCACCGAUCUGGCCAAUGUGAUGGAUGACGAUCAGAAGUUAGUUAUGCUGCACCACCUGGAGGAAGAGUUUGUAUCGGAGCAAGAGCGAGGAAAGUACACUGAAUUUUUCACAUCAUCCCUGCUGAUGGAAUGGGCGUUGCGUAUUUUCAUGGAGCGACAUAAGUUCGCGAGUCGGCAGGCGGCGCUGGACCGUAUCAAGCAGCAAGAAACAUCCUACCUAGCGUCCUUGCCGAACGAAUUUAUGCUCAAAUAUCACUAAGUGCCGAGUGAACCAAUUGUAUGAUACAGAAACACCGUACCGAUUAUGUUAGUGCUGUUAGUGUAAAGCAUCGUCGACUUCGACCAAUUUUUAUUUUAUUGUUAGUUUCAAAUAACAUUGUUUUAUGGGUGCAUCGAA